AUGCAUCUUGAUAACAACGCCAUCACUGAGCACAUUACGAAGCGGACAAGUCCAGAAUUAUGGGACUCCAAUCGCGUGAAUGGUUUCAAGAGCACGGCCCAGCCAUCGCCAGAGCAGGUGACAAAGGCACUUUUCUCAGAAUCUGUCGAGGCGAAGCUAUGGACUGUGGCUGCUCAUGCACUGAGUAGCUCCAACCCGCCCGUGCUCUAUCCGGAAUAUACCGACGAUAGGGGCCAAUAUGUCUACCGAACCCUUGAUUUCUGGACAUCGGGCUUCUUUCCGGGAUCCCUUUAUCUUCUGCUCGAGCGACCUCACCCACUCCUACUCGAGCACCUAUGUCGGUGGUGGACGGCCAAUCUUCAUCAGAACGCACUAAAGCGCGAUACACAUGAUGUCGGGUUUAUGAUCGCACCGUGGGCUAUGAAAGCCUGGGAGCUGAAGCGGGACCCAGCUGCGUUUAACAGUUUGGUCAUGGCUGCGCACUCGCUCGCGAGUCGGUUCAACGCUGUCACGCAGUGUUUGCGCAGCUGGGACAUCUGCGUUACCAAUCGGUAUAAGUUCACUGAUCCAUCGUUGGAUUUCUUGGUGAUCAUUGAUAAUAUGCUCAACCUCGAUCUCCUUUUCUGGGCCGCAAAGGAGACUUCGAAUUCCGCUUUAUAUGAAAUUGCACUGGCGCAUGCGCGCACGACACAAAAACACCAUAUCAGGAAAGACAACAGUACAUUCCAUGUCGUGAACCUUGAUGUGGAGACCGGCAAUGUCAAAUCUCGAUUCACAAACCAGGGCUAUAGUGACAACAGUUGCUGGACUCGUGGACAGGCAUGGGGGAUUUUGGGGUUCAUGCAGACCUUCCAUUGGACUCGGGAUAUGUCGUUCCUGGACACAGCCAAAGACCUGGCAGACUACUUUAUUGCGCAUUUGCCGGCUGAUGGAGUACCUUACUGGGAUUUCAAUGCGCCAGUGACAGAAGCGUGUCCCCGCGAUACGUCUGCAGCUAUGAUCGCCGCUUGUGGCAUGCUUCUCAUUUACAAAGAGCUUAUGGGUAGCCACGGGGCGAACCACUACCUCCGUCAAGCAAUAAAGCUAGUCAAUCGGGUUGUUGACAAGUUCAUGGACCAUGAACCUCUUCGGUUUGAGGCUAAACCCCCUGCAUCGCGAGUUUCAGUCUAUCCAGAUGGCUGUAUCCAUGAGGAAGACGGGGACGGCUUCGAUAUUCUGCACACUGUGCAUGAUAUUAGCACGGUGUCAAAAGCGUGUGAGACUAUUCUGGGCGGUGCCACCAUCAAUAACUACGAGUUCGCGCCAAGAAGGUGGUCAAACCACGGGCUGGUUUAUGCGGAUUAUUACUUUUUGCUUUUUGGCAACUUGAUUCUUGAGAUGGGGCUUGACGAUCCUAGCGUGAUGAUAAUUCAAUAG